AUGAACUGGACCCCUCAUCCACCCCUCCCUCGACGGAGGGAAGAGCGCAUCAAAGUUGAAGAGAAUGUCGACAACGAACUGAAGCUUUUCGCCAUGAGGUCUGUACGGUAUUCCUCUACCUCUUCCGACCGGUACUUCCUCUCUACCUCUGGCAAUGGUGCAUACAAGUCACUGCUGUUGUGGGUUUGAGUCUGAGCUAAAACAAGCAGCC